CUGCUCAGACAAGUACCGCGUGCGCUCUAUAACUGCACCUCCCUUGGUUUUACGCCUUCAUCAACGCAUCGACAUGUUGAACCCUACGACUCGUGUGGCCUUGUUGCUGUGCCUACCUGCCGUACUGGGUGUGGAUGUACACGUUGUGGUAACCCCUGUACCGGCCAGCUUCGAGAUCAGACAUGGUCCACCGAAAGAGCAGUCCGUCGCAUGGGGGUCUUUCCACAAUGGCAUCAACCAGACAGGCUUUGGCAUCCUGGAAGUGUUUACCAACGGCAGUUACCCGGAUGAGUAUCAGGCGUACGGCGCAGGAUUGCUGGAGGGCUACUUCACCCGGGACCUCAUUCGCAUGCAUUUCGACAACCAGUGGGCGGACUACUGCCAAGGGGAGAGCGAGUACUGCCAACGCCUCUAUGGGUUUCUUCAGGAGAACCUUCAGUUCAUGAACCAACAGGUCAACAAGUUCCGAGGCACAGAUCCCUACUGGCAUCAGGUUGGCCUAGCGCUGGAUCAGCUUGCAGGAAUCGAUGAUGCUCUUCAAACGCGUGCUCGUUACUAUCCAUUGUCCUCCUACGUCAACGUUACCGACUUACUGUUCCUCAAUGUGGACGGAGACCUGGAGGACCUGGAGCAAGCCCUCAAGCGAAUUCAGCCGAGGAAAGUGCUGGGCAGCGGCUCCUGCUCAGCGCUCGUAAAAUUGUUGCCUGGAAAUAAGGACCUGUAUUUCUCUCAGGUUACCUGGUCUACCUAUGCUAGCAUGCUAAGGAUUCUCAAGAAGUACCACUUUCAGUAUCACUUAACUUUUUCCUCAGAAUCGAAGAUCCCAGGGCACACAGCCACAUUUUCUUCCAGUCCCGGACGCAUUUUCUCAGGCGACGACUUCUACUUGUUGUCUUCCGGAUUGGCUACUAUGGAAACGACCAUCGGCAAUGGCAAUUCCUCUUUGCUGAAGUACAUUGUUCCAACGUCCAACUUGGAGUACAUUCGUAAUAUCGUCGCCAACCGCUUGGCAACGUCGGGGUCACAAUGGUGCGACAUAUUCGCCAAGCACAACAGCGGGACGUACAACAAUCAGUGGAUGGUUCUUGAUUACAAGAAAUUUCGACCCGGAGGCCAGCUCCAGGACAACCUACUCUGGGUGCUGGAACAAUUGCCAGGCUACGUCAUGAGUGCAGACGUGACGGAUGUGCUGCGGGACCAGAGCUACUGGCCGAGCUACAACACCCCGUACUUUCAGAGGAUUUUUAACCUAAGCGGUGGCCCCGAAGCUGUUGCGAAGUUCGGUGACUGGUUUAGCUACAACAUGACUCCGAGGGCACGCAUUUUCCGUAGGGAUCAUCAUAACGUUCACGACAUGCGGACUAUGACCAAGCUCAUGAGGUACAACAACUACACGAAGGAUCCCUUAUCAGCGUGUAAUUGCACUCCGCCAUACAGCGCAGAAAACGCUAUAUCGGCACGCAGCGACCUGAACCCAGCCGAUGGAGUGUACCCGUUUCCAUCCCUCGGCCAUCGAUCCCACGGUUCCACAGAUAUGAAGUUGACUAAUAGCACCUUGUUUGAACGGUUGGAGUUCAUUGCCGUAGGCGGACCUACCUACGACCCUCUGCCUCCGUUCCAGUGGAGUACGUCGGGCUUCAAGGACAAACAUCAAGGACAACCUGACCUCUGGCAGUUUACACCUUUCAUUCACCAUUGGAAAGACUAACGUCGAAAUAUGCAUUAAAGGUACACAUAUAACGUUGAA